AGUAAUCUUGUUGCGAUGUCUCAGCAAAUCCGCGUUUAGGAAUGCAACGAAUGUGAUUUAUACCAGGUGGACAUUGUCAAAAAGUCCAAUAAGUGGGACUGCAAAGUUUGCCGCCAAAAGCAAGUCGUACUUCGGGAAUUCUUUCGAGGAACUGGAGCCGAAUGUCGCCUGAAAGUGCAAGAACUAAAUCUGGAGCAUGGACAAAAACGCCAUGCACAGGAAGAACGUCAGAUAUUAGAUGCGCAGGAUGCUGGACUGGAUACUGAUGUCUUGCCAGCCCAGCGAACAAGUAAAUGGGCUGCUUUUGUGGACAAGCCGACAGAACAAGCAUCAAGAAAUGAUUUCAUGUCAUCACAAUCAGUUAAGCGACCAAGUAAAUGGGCUGCCUACGUGGAUGAGUCAACAAAUCAACUACCAAAGGUUGACCGACGUACAAUUAAUAAACUCACCAAAGGAUCUAGUAAAUGGGCUGCCUUUGUUGAUGAACAGGAACCACCACAGAUGCGACGGAAGUCUUCAGCAACAAGCCUGGGCUCUGAUGAAGUGGAGUUUUCCUCUGCGAAAAGCAGAUCAAGUGGUUCCAACAAACGCAGGUCCGAAGAUAAUUCCAGUGCCAACAUAAAGCCUUUUUCCAAAUGGCAAAAAUUUCUUUGAACUCUUCUUAAUCAUAUUA